CGAAGUGACUGCCACGUUGCUUUAUCCCUCCACACUCUGUUUCCCACCUAAAAAAUCUGAUCUCAUUUCACGCCCCCCACCAUCGCUGCACUGAAACCUAAACCUCCAAUUCCAAUUCCCAGGCCAAGAGCGACUCACAUUUCCGCCAUCCAAAACCCACAUAAGAAUUCACGGAGAUAGACAGAUACCGAAAGAGACAGAAUUGUUCAAGAUAGUAAAAAAAACAAUGGUUUUCUCGGCGGUAAUAUCAUCCUCACCAAAUCUCUACCUGCGGAGAAGAGUACCCACAAACCUUAAACCACCAUCAAUUCGCUGCUCUUCUUCUUCGGUUUCGACCCAGUUCGAUCUGAAGACGUACUGGGCGACCUUGAUUGGAGAGGUUAACCAGAAGCUGGAGGAGGCUAUUCCGGUGCAGUACCCGGAGAAGAUCUACGAGGCCAUGCGGUACUCGGUGCUGGCCAAGGGGGGCAAGCGAGCCCCACCCGUCAUGUGCGUCGCCGCCUGCGAGCUCUUCGGCGGCAACCGCCUCGCCGCCUUCCCCACCGCCUGCGCCCUCGAAAUGGUUCAUUCGGCUUCACUGAUACACGACGACCUUCCCUGCAUGGAUGACGACCCGUCACGCCGAGGCCAGCCCUCAAAUCACACAAUCUAUGGUGUCGACAUGGCUAUCCUGGCUGGCGAUGCGCUCUUUCCCCUCGGCUUUCGCCACAUUGUCUCCCACACGCCUUCCGACCUCGUGCCUGAGUCCCGUCUCCUUCUUGUAAUUACAGAAAUUGCCCAAGCUGUAGGGUCAACUGGCAUGGCUGCUGGGCAGUUCCUUGACCUUGAGGGUGGGCCCAAUUCUGUUGAAUUCGUGCAAGAAAAGAAGUUUGGCGAAAUGGGUGAGUGUUCUGCAGUGUGUGGAGGAAUACUAGCUGGUGCUGAAGACGAUGAAUUACAGAGAUUGAGGAGGUAUGGGAGAGCUGUUGGGGUAUUGUAUCAGGUUGUGGAUGAUAUUUUGGAAGAGAAAAUGAGUAAAAAUGAAGAGAGGAAGAAGAAAGGGAAGAGUUAUGUGGGAGUGUAUGGGGUUGAGAAGGCAAUGGAGGUGGCAGAGGAGCUUAGGGCCAAAGCCAAGCAGGAAUUGGAUGGCUUUGAGAAGUACGGUGAGAGUGUGGCACCUCUUUACAGCUUUGUGGAUUAUGCAGCUGAUAGAGGUUUUAGUGUUGGUGAUGCAAGUUAUUAAUGGAUGGAAUUAUGGCCAAUGAUUCUGAUUUAGAUGAGGAGUCCAAGAUUUUGUGUCAGUACUUUGUGGUGGAUUAUUGUUGAUGUGUAGCCUCUAAGACUCGUUCUUUUCUUAUUUUGAUUUUACACUCAUAUUUAGCUCUUGUUCAAGAAUAUGAUGAGUUACCAUUA